AAGAAAAUCACUGAUUUUUCAUUUUAGAGUAGUUUUCGGAGACUCCACUUCUCAAAUCUGAACUAAGCCACUUAGUGCUCUGGAAAUUUGGCACAGAUCCCGCAAUUUUCAGACCGAAAUAAGGAUUUUCUUUGGGGAUUUUUGGUCUAUGUCCCGUACAAUGGGUGGUCAUGUUGCAUUGACACUCAGACGACUGAUCGUCUCCAUCCAACCCUGUUGGUCUUUCGUCAAGUCUUUUACGAACCGUUCACCAACCUUGGUCCGGUGUAUCGACACAAGGCAGAGAACGAUGUCUUAUACAAGUUCAUUGAACCUCGAUCAACAUUCCAUGCGGAAGGAAAAGAAAAAUAUGACGAUAUGUAUUGAAGGUAAUAUCGGGAGCGGGAAGACAUUGCUCCUGGAUCAUUUCUCAUCGCAGACUGGUGACGUCCAGGUCAUUCCUGAACCCGUUGAUGCAUGGAGAAAUGCCGAAGGUCACAAUAUGCUGGGCUUAUUGUAUAAGGACCCAUCCAGAUGGAGUUUUGCCUUUCAGUCUUACGUUCAGCUGACGAUGUUAGCCUCACACCAGGUACCUCACAUACACCCAAUUAAGAUGAUGGAGAGGUCUAUCUUCAGUGCCAAAUACUGCUUCGUGGAAAACCUCUACCGAAGUGGUCUGAUGUCUGAUGCGGAGUAUACCGUUCUUACGGAGUGGUUCAACUGGAUAAUUUCAACAUCAUACUGCAAUGUUGAUCAGAUAGUGUACCUACGGACAUCACCAGAGCACUGCUACGAACGGAUUCAGAUGAGACACAGGAAGGAGGAGGCGGGAAUCACGAAAGAUUACCUAACCAAAUUGCACGAGCUUUACGAAGAUUGGCUCAUCCAUGGCAACCAUUUUCCUCUUCCUGCUUCUGUAGUGGUUAUCGAUGCUAACAACUCAAUGGACCAAAUGUUGCAAUUUUACAAGGAGAACAAGGAACACAUUCUGCGUACGGAUCAAGAUAUGUGUAUUGUACAGAGAUGAUGAAACUCGCACAUUUCAGUCGAACUCGCCUCAGGAGAAGCUCUGGCCAGGAAUCAACAUCCAGACAGUGUAUGUAAGAUUCGCUUGGUGCUUUCAUCAAGGAACUCGUAUGGUGGCAUUUAAUGUCACUUCAGGAUUUUAUGUGAAAAAUAUGUGCCUGUUAUUCACAGGAUGGAUAUGCAAUAUCAGGGAAUGAUUGCGUCAUCAUCUAAUAUCACAACCUUACCCUUUUUCCACAUACUGUAAGAUGACAGCAGCUACUUUCGUAAAGUUGAUCUAAAGCAAAUCAGAUAGCUCUGUGAGUCGAACGUGAUCACAUGCAAUCACAAACUUUGAAUCGAUAUUUUGUGACAUCACCUCAUGCAGUAGACAUAGGUAUAUUGAAUUAGAUAUCAGUUAUGGUAGUUAGCUUGAAGGAGCAGCAUUCACAUAAAUAUUGACAGGGUUCUUGCCCUAGAGACGAAUUUGAAUGUUGAUAUCAAUUGCAAAUUCACACUCGAUUUUAAAGGUCAGGGCUGGUAUUCUGACGUCCAUUUUAUCUCAGAUAAAAUAAAAUAUUUUAUCUCCGUUAUAAUCAGUGAGAUAAAAUACCCUU